CAUUUGUUCCUGGAAGAUACACGAGACUGUUGAUGUGAACAAAACAAAAGUUAACAAUGAAUAAAAAACUGCCCUUAGACUAUUAUCUGAAACACAUAAUUGGAUUAAUUAUUCACGUAUUUAUGCUUUUGUUGUUUGGAAAAACAGCCCUUUACAUUGAUGAAUUAGACCUGACUGAUGCACCACUUACGACAAUUAAAACACACAGAUAUGUUUACUUCACUUGGUGGAACUUUAUUGCACAAAUCAUAUUUAUGUUCGUUGCUAUGUUUGAUGUAUUCGCCCUUAUUUUAAACGCCCCCACAAUAGUUCAAAAAUUUCUUCAGUGUUUAAGAACAAUUUUAUAUAACGGAAUCGUACUGCCCUUUGGAUUAGUGUUAUCAUCUUUUUUCUGGUUAUUAUAUUUCAUAAACAGAGACACAGUUUAUCCUGCAUCCUAUGAAUAUAUAUUUCCCAGUUGGGUGAAUAACACAUUCCACAUUUACAUGGUGAUUCCCAUAUAUCUGGAACUCUGGUUGCCCAAACGUGAAUUUUUCAUUAAGGGAAACUUUGCAAUAACAGUUUUGUUGCCCGUCUUAUUUAGUUAUUUUUAUGUGUCCCUUAAAGCUAAUGUAAAAACUGGUGUGUGGAUGUACACUUUUUUCUAUAAUCAAGCAGUCUGGAUGAUUAAAUUUAAAGCAAUACUGUUGGUGUUUAUUUUUACCAGCAUCGUAGCCAAAAUUGGUGCUUAUAUACAGAUGUUUAAGAAGCCAAAAUUGUCAAGAUCACAAAAGAAGAGACUUCAAAAGCAAAAACAACUAGGAAAUACAAAUUUAAAAAACUUAUUAUCCCUGGCAUUUGAAUAAAAAAAUAUUUUUAAUUUAUCGUAUUGUGCAUUUUAUUUUUAUAAUAUACGUCAUAAAUAAAAAAACGAUGUUUAAUUGAA